CGUCUGACAGUCGUCAAAACAACGCUUCGUCGUGAAGGUGGGUCAUUGUGAAAUGACAGCGCCGAACCAACCAGGCGUACAGCACUCACCAGCUGGCUGCUGUGUCACUCGCAAUGCAAUCGGCGUGCCAAAACGAGACGACAGUGUGUGCACGCGCAGCUGCGUUGCUAGCGUUGUCUCGCUCUGGCGCAGAGACCGCCAGCACAUUGCUGGACGCCGGUGCGCAUUUUUGCGUUUGAAAGAAACAGGUCGAAGCACGCAAAAGCAAAGGCACUCGGAAAUGGAAAGACGCACGUGCCGCAGUCAGUUGCCGACCGUCAGAGAACAACAACAAGCUGCUUGCUACCGAAUGCUGGGCACCCGUUACUUAGUGUCAUAUUUCGCACAAAAGUUCGUUCGUAUUUUCUGCUACAAUUUACGAUUUAGACGAGAGAGCGAGCGAGACCGCGAGCGAGUUGUGGAGAACGUGAACGAACCGUUUUCGUUUUUGCUGUUGCCCGCCAGAGACGUUGGAAUUUGAAUUUGAAUGUCAACGACGAUAACGUGGAGGCGAUGUUGAUACGUAAUUUGAGCCGCACAAAAAUGUCUUAAGAUGCAGAUUAGCGGCGUCUAAUCCCAGGCUAAGUCACGCUGCAGAAGCUUCUAAUCACAUUAAUUGAAUUUCGCACCUCAACCCAGUGUGGUCACUAUAAAAAUGCCAUUCCGUCAGCAGGCCAGAGGUCAGCCAAAAGGCGACACGUCAAUGGAGAGCAUGUGCCUCCUCCACCAGAGCUAGUCGACGGAAUUUUCUAUCAAAAAAUAAUAAAAGGACCUCAACUGCAAAAUGCAUAUCAACUAUACUGGUGACUUGACCGGACCGCAGCCGUAUGCAAGCUUCCUGAACGACAGCCUGGGCGAUGCUAGCGGCUCUGUGCUGCCCUUGGGACAUGAUUAUCCCGCGGAGUUCCAGCACAUGGUGCACGCUCAUUGGCGAGGAUUUCGUACGCCUCCCAUUUACCAUCGUGCUGGCAUCUACAUCGCCUUCUGUGUCCUCAUGACCCUCAAUAUCUUUGGUAAUGGGCUCGUCAUAUGGAUAUUCUCCACCUCAAAAUCUCUACGGACGCCUUCAAAUUUAUUGAUUCUGAAUUUGGCUGUCUUUGAUCUGUUUAUGGCCUCCAACAUGCCCCAUUAUCUGAUUAAUGCCACCCUGGGAUAUAUUGCUGGUGGGGAAAUGGGCUGCGACAUCUAUGCGCUAAAUGGUGGCAUCUCUGGCAUGGGCGCCUCUAUAACAAACGCUUUUAUUGCCUUUGAUCGCUACAAGACCAUAUCGAAUCCCAUCGAUGGACGCUUGAGCUAUGGACAAAUACUUAUGUGCAUCAUCUUCACCUGGCUGUGGGCAACACCUUUCUCUGUGCUGCCCCUCUUCCAGAUCUGGGGUCGCUACUUACCAGAGGGCUUCCUGACCACCUGCACCUUUGAUUAUCUGACCAACACCGAUGAGAACCGACUGUUUGUUCGCACUAUUUUUGUGUGGUCCUAUGCCAUUCCGAUGACCGUGAUUAUUGUUUCUUAUUACAAGCUCUUUACCCAUGUACGAACCCAUGAGCAGAUGCUUGCGGAGCAGGCCAAGAAGAUGAAUGUGAAGUCGUUGUCCGCAAAUCAGAACAACGACUCAAUGAGCGUGGAACUGAAGAUUGCCAAGGCAGCUCUCAUAAUUUAUAUGCUCUUUGUGCUCGCUUGGACUCCGUAUUCGGUGGUUGCCCUGAUUGGUUGCUUUGGAGAACAGCAGUUGAUUACACCAUUUGUAUCCAUGUUGCCCAUGUUGGCCUGCAAAUCGGUUUCAUGUCUCGACCCCUGGGUAUAUGCGACAAGUCAUCCAAAGUAUCGUCUGGAACUGGAGAGACGACUUCCCUGGCUGGGCAUACGGGAGAAACAAACGGGAACUGGUGCGACGGGUGGCCAGGAGAGCGUGGCCAGUGUCAGCGGCGAUACGCUGGCCAUGAGCGUCCAGAACUGAACGACCUAAACUUGGAUAUCUGCACUUUGAAAUAAUAAUAGAUGUACUCGAUCUCGAUAUAUGUUGAUCACUUCAAGCAAUGAACUAAAUGAGUUCCAAAAAUACAAAAACAAAAAAAGAUGGCAUUGAAAAACAAACAUUG